AUGACUUUUCACUUACUUAACACUGACCUUCACAUCACAUCACUUUAGUGCCCACUCAGCACUGCAGGAUCCUUUCAAGGCACCCGAGUUAUUACCUUAAAUCUGCUCCUGUCUGCCGUUUCUCAUCCCUGCUCUCCGUCUCCUCUCUCGGGACACUCGCACCUACCAACAGAGUAUGAAGCAGAACACCCUCAAUUUCCAGAUGUUCCUCAAUCAAAACAAGAAUCUGUGUCUCUGGAAGCAGGAAUAUUGCAGCCAUUAGACAUGGAACAAGUCAAUUCUGCCCCUGCAGCUGGUACUGUUGACCAACAGUUGCUUCCUAAAGCUGAGGCAGCCCCCUCUUCAGAACCACCUGACCCAAAAACAUGUUCUCCACGAGAAUACUUAGAGUUCUACAUAUUUCCAGUACUCUUACCUGGACUGGCUGAACUUCUGCAUGAAGCAGAGAAAGAAAAAUGUUUUGAGGGAAGAAGAACCAAAUUUAUUGCCUCUGAUUUCCUAACUGAGUGGUUAUACAACAAGAACCCAAAGAGAAAAGAUGAGUCAUUCACAGAAUUCUUUUCCAUUCCUUUUGUUAAGGACUGGCUCAAGGACCAUCCUAGGCCACCAAUUCCUCUAUCUCUGCUUCUAUCAGAAGAAGAAGCAAGCAUAAUAAUUCAGUCCUUCUGGAGAGGUUAUCGGGUCCGUUGUAAUAGUGAAAUACAAGAGCUACGUCAGUGGCAAAAGAAGUUCAGAGAGGAAAGACACAUUAAUAAAGUAGUGACGCAAUUCUGGACUAAGCAGGAAGCCAAAGUGGGAAGAACCUUGGAAGACUUGGAAGAACAUACCCAAAGUCAUCCAAUAUGUCAACUUUAGUUUCCUCACUAACAUUGCAAAACACAAAGCUCAAGGACUAAACUGUGUGAUACUGAUUUAGAAACUCUCUUAGCACUGUAGUUUUACUUUCACACUGUAAAUCAAAGGGAGAUUAUACAAGGAUCUAGCAUGCCAAGACAAAAUUCAGUCCUGGUCUAAGUGAACACAAUUCUGUUAAAACAGAUGGUAUUGUGCACAUUUAGCCAAAAAUGUUGAGUCUAUGUUUAUCUUGUUUUCUUGAAUGCUCACUUAAAACCUUUUCUGACAGGAACAAAACUCUGGAUUAAAUAAAUGGGGUUACACCCACACGUAGGCAAGUGUUAAAGC